ACAUGAAUCAGGUUAUGAUCGAUAUAUUUCUGGAACAAGUGGCAUUAGGACGCAAGGGUGAUAAUGGUUUCAAACGUGAGGCAUAUCAAAUUGCCGCAGAAGCCGUAACAAAGCAUACCAAUAUAGUCCUCAGGUGGCAGAAUGUGUCGAAUCAACUAAGGUAUUACAAGAGGGAGUACACUGCAGUAAAGGAUAUGCUGGCGGCUAGCGGGUUUGGAUGGGACAGUGAGCGGAUGGUGGUUACGGCCCCCGAUGAAGUCUGGGAGGAAUAUCUUAAGUCUCACCCGCGUGCGGAAAGACUACGCGGGAAACGGAUUGAGAGAAUGGAUGAUCUUGCAAUGAUCGUCGGUUCGGACCAGGCAACGGGAUGGUAUGUCCGCGGCAGUAGGAGUAUAGCUGCAUCAGCAUCAUCAUCUCAUCUUCAACGAGAACUUAAUGAUGUAUGGAGAGAGGUGGAUGAUGAUAUGGACGAUACAAUUGACUUGUCAAAUGAUUAUGGCAUAGAGUCUACAGGGACCAUCUCAUUCUCACCUGACAGUCCUUCGAUAGGACAACACGGCUCAUGUAGCACUCUGACUCACACAGCUGAUACCAAUGCUACUUAAAGUGGGAGCGCAGGAAAGAAAUGAUCGCGCUAUCCUUGUCCCUGUGAAGUACUAGGGGCGUCUCUGCAAACUGUCGCUGAUUCAAUGCUCAAAUUUGGCCUCGGGAAGUUGGUGAAUCGCACUUCCAAAGUACUUGAUGUACUAGAAGAGGUCGAGGGCCUGACUAACUCAGAGUUUUUUGAGGUUGGUCAGCUCUUGAGCAAGGAUAAGGAACUGGCAUCGUUCUUUGUGAGUCUGCGACCUGAGUGCCGUAUUGACUGGCUGAAAAAAACUCUCCAUGACCACUUUGGGGAUCGAGGUGUCGGAUCCAUCUGAGGAUUUAAUAUCUUUGGUUAUGUUCCCUUGCUUGUUAGGUGUUGGCAUGUAAUAACUUUGAUUUACUUGAUUUAGUGUUUGAAUUUUUUAUU